AUGGUUACGAAUCCCAAACGUAUGAAAUACGUUUUCGACAAAGAUGAAAUUUCUUCCGAAGAGGAUUCUCUGGACGACUAUGAAGAUGAAAAUUACCAGCCAACACAAAAUCUGAGAGGAUCAGGCCGGAAACCAAAAUGUUUUUCAAAAAAUGCUCUGAUGGCAAGAGAAAACCGCCUGAAGAAAAAAUUGUAUGUGAUGAAAUUAGAAAAAGAGGUGUCUUCUUUGAAGGUGGAGAAUAAAAGCAUCACUUCUGUUAUCCAUAGACAGUCUCAACUGUUGACUGACUUGAAAAAGGAAGUUAAAUACUUGAGAAGUGUAAUCGCCAAUAGCAAGGAUAUUGGCAAUCUCAUUAAAAGCAUCAACAGAAGUACAGGUAUGUCAGUAUCUUCAUCUGUGGAUGAGAGUUUAUCAUUGAAAAAUGUUUGUGUUUCAAAGCAUGACAUAGUACUCAGAAAAUCAACUGAUUUGUGGGAUGAUGAAAAUGACUGUCCAGUCAGUCCAUCUUUGAAGUCCAGCCCAUUGAUAAAUUCAGAUAUGUUGUUGAAUGAAGAUAUGGGUGUAGACUUUUUCAAUGACUUUGAUGUGCCAGAUAGUUCACCAAUAAGUGUAAAUGAGCAAAUCACAAAUUUGAAGCAGCUAAAUGCUUUAGAAGAACAUAAUUAUACAGCAGUUGAUCAUGAUGGUGGUCCAGAUGUGUUUGAACCAGAUGAUGUUGGAGUCUGCUUACAUGUGUCCAAGCACAAAGUCUCUUUGGAGUUUUGUACUGUUUGUAGUGAAAAAGCCUUGCAUUCCUGGCUGGAUUAA